AUGCCGUGCUCUUCAGGAGAAAACCUCUUUACCCUCAAAGUAAAUCCAGGACUUCACAGUACAGAUCUAUCAUAUCAUCCACCUAAUCAUGAGGAACCUUCUCCUGACCAAUCACAGAUUGUUACCACAAGUGCAGGCCAGAACGAGGAUGACCGAUUUCAAUGUCAUAUUGGCGAGAAGCGUUACUCCUGUUCAGAAUGUGAAAAGUGCUUUACAGAUAAACAAACCCUUGUGAUACAUGAGAGAAGUCACACAGGAGACAAGUCAUACUCAUGUUCAGAAUGUGGUAAAUGUUUUACAAAUAAAUCAAAUCUUGUUGCACAUGACCGAAGCCACACAGGGGAGAAACUGUAUUCAUGUUCAGAGUGUGGGAAGUGCUUUACCUGUAAAUCAAGUUUUGUUAGACACAAUAGAAUUCACACAGGAGAGAAGCCGCAUUCAUGUUCAGAAUGUGGGAAAUGUUUUGCAAAUAAAUCACAUCUUGUUAACCAUGAGAGAAUUCACACAGGAGAGAAACCAUAUUCUUGUUCAGAAUGUGGGAAAUGUUUUACAAGUAAAUCAUAUCUUGCUACACAUGAGAGAGUUCACACAGGACAGAAGCCGUAUUCAUGUUCAGAAUGUGGGAAAUGUUUCACAGUUAAAUCAAAUCUUAUUAGACAUGAGAGACAACACAUAGGAGAGAAGCUGCAUUCUUGUUUAGAAUGUGGGAAAUGUUUUACACACAGAUCAAGUCUUGUUACACAUGAGAGAGUUCACACAGGAGAGAAGCCGUAUUCAUGUUCAGAAUGUGGGAAAUGUUUCACAAUUAAAUCAAAUCUUAUUAGACAUGAGAGACAACACAUAUGAGAGAAGCCGUAUUUGUGUUCAGAAUGUGGGAAAUGUUUUACACAGAAAUCAAAUCUUGUUACACAUGAGAGAUGUCACACAGGAGAGAAGCCAUAUCCCUGUUUUAGAAUGUGGGAAAUGAUUUACAUAUAACGCCAGGCAAGAUAGCUCUCUCAAACCAGGCCACCACUUUGUCCAUUUCCUAUGUGUAUAUAAUCUAUGUUAUAUCACUGUAUAUACUGUCACUGUAUUUAAUGUCAUUAUAUAAUUCUGUUGAGUGGGCCCUAACAAUACAAUCUUUCAGUCUUUUUCAUGGGCACCUUCUGAAUUUUGGCCCCAUAGCAGCUGCUUCCACUAUAGCUACUUACCCGGUUUUACAGAUAAACAUGUCUGCUUACACAGGCAAUGAGAAAAUCACACCACAGAGAAAAUGUAUUUAUGUCCAGAAUGUGGGAAGUGCUUUACAGAUAAGUCAAAUCUUUUUAGACAUCAGAGAAGUCACACAGGAGAGAAGCUGUAUUCCUGUUCAGAAUGUGAGAAAUGUUUUAUUAUUAAACUCAAACUUAAAGGGGUUCUACAGUUUGUUUUAACUGAUU